GAGUUGCAGGUCCCUCUUCAAUUUCAGAGUGGGUCGAGUUCUGAAUCUUACAUGCACCCAUGCUACUUUCAAUCACUUGCCUUCCCUGGGACACACUGGUUACCGUGGUUUGAGCUUUAGUGUUGACAUCAUGGAUGGUAGAAAACAUAACCGAAGCGGUCUUGAGCAUAACUACAAGCUCAAAACAGUCAGUUCGGUAUGGAGACCUGUCAGUAAACUCAGUGCACAAGUCGGUUCUAAUGAAGAAUGCUCAGUAGUGGAGGUUACAGAUAAGGUGGAAGAAGAUGUGCACUCUUGCUCAUCAACCAAGAUUUCAAGUGCUCAAGAUGACACAGAGCUGGCUUCAGCAGUUACUGAAGCAACUAAGUUCACUACUUGUUCAAGUGCAUCACAAGAUAAUGAAGAUAAAGUUUUAGGAGGAGAAACAGUGCUUUUAACUGAAAAUCAUUCAAUUUCAAUUGAGGUUGGGGCUUCUUUGCACCGCUUUAUCAGAGGAAAAGGAGGAUCUACUCAGAAAAUGAUUGAAGAUGAGACAGGAGUGAAAAUUAAAAUCCCAUUAUCAAAGAGGGAGGAUUCCAUUAUUAUUGAAGGCCUCUCUAAUGAAAGCAUAACUAGAGCUUCAGAGAAGAUAAAAGUUAUAAUUGAUGAGGCAGUUAAAAGCCCAAGUCUUGAUUAUUCUCACUUCAUAUCACUUCCAUUGGCUAUACAUCCUGAAUUAGUUGAUAAGCUUGUCAACUUUCAGAACUCCAUCCUAGGAAUUAUUGAUUCUUCUCAGGGUGAGAAUCUGGAAAGUGGUUCAAAUGAAGAUGAAGAUGAUUCUGAUAAUGAAGAUGAUGAUCAAAAGUUUGAGAAGGGAUCUGAUGUUGUAGUUGAACUUAAAACUGAAAGUGAUGGUGAACAUGUGAAAGUGAACAUGACCAACAUACCACUUGUCAGUUAUGCACCUAAAUCAUCCAAGUCUUCUACCCCAUCUGACUUGGGAAUUGACAAAUCAAUCUUUAUUAAACCGGAAACGUUUCACCUGACUGUGCUCAUGUUGAAGUUGUGGAACAAGGACAGAGUUCAUGCAGCUAUUGAAGUUUUGCAGAGCAUCUCUUCAGAAGUGAUGGAAGCCUUAGAUAAUCGCCCUCUAUCCAUAAGACUCAAGGGACUGAAUUGUAUGAGAGGUUCUUUUGCCAAAGCUGGUGUCCUGUAUGCGCCCGUUGAAGAAAUUGGCAGUGAGGGGCGACUUUUGCGUGCCUGUCAAGUCAUUAUUGAUGCAUUUGUUAAAGCAAGGCUUGUUCUAGAGAAAGAUGCCAAUCAGAAAUUAAAGCUCCAUGCAACAAUGAUGAAUGCAAGGCAUAGGAAAAGGAGGAAUCAAAAGAGAAAAUUUAGUACUUUUGAUGCUCGUGGCAUUUAUAAGCAGUAUGGAUCAGAGGAAUGGGGAGAGUAUCUUAUCCGUGAAGCUCAUCUUUCACAAAGGUUUGUGUUCGAUGACAAGGGAUAUUAUCAUUGUUGCGCUUCUAUACCUUUUCCAGAAAUAUGCAAUUAAGACUGUUUUGUUUAAUUUCUAGAUGCACUUUAUUUUCUCUCUUAAGUAGGAAACAAUAUGUGUGAGAUGUGAAAGAAGUUAUGGCGAUAUAAUCAGUUUUACUAUGCCUCUACGAUGAGCAGCUAGAUUUUCAGUUUACUUCCAAAAAUGCAAGUUCACUUUUAAGUUUUUGUUU